AGAAAGAUAGGCAGAGAAGUGAGACGAAAGUUAAAUCCAGUAGUGGGAGAGAAAGCAGUGAGUAGAGGGUGAGAAGUGAUCGCUGGGUUUGAGAUUAUAAAGUAAAAUAACGUUGAUUGGUUAGCUGUUCAAAAUGUUGGUUAUUGCGGGCGAUGCCGUGCCGAUGUUGUGACGUUAAAGAUUUUUAUCGUUUCCGUACUGUUGAGAAACACAUCCUAAGGUGGCUUUUUACAUCGGAGACUAACCUAAGGGUGAAGAAAAAUCACUAACAAUGAGUUCGAUAUCAAAUGUUGAAAAUUUAUCACCACAAAUCAUACGUAGGGUAGCUAAGGAGAUGACGGAGCUUGCUAGUCAUCCACCUGAAGGAAUUCGAGUCAUUAUCAAUGAUGAAGAUGUCACUGACAUUCAGGCUGUCAUCGAGGGCCCUGCUGGUACUCCCUACGCAGACGGUCACUUCAGAGUUAAGCUUGCUCUGGGUAAGGAUUUUCCCCAAGGACCACCAAAAGCUUUCUUCCUUACUAAAAUCUUCCAUCCCAAUGUUGCUAAAAAUGGUGAGAUUUGUGUUAAUACUUUGAAGAAAGAUUGGAAGUCUGAUCUUGGAAUCAAACACAUACUAUUAACUGUGAAGUGCCUACUCAUAGUACCUAAUGCCGAGUCUGCCUUGAAUGAAGAGGCAGGAAAAAUGCUCCUAGAGAAGUAUGAUGAUUACUCUGCACGAGCAAGAAUGAUGACAGAAAUCCAUGCACAGGGAGGUGGAAAAGGCAGUAAAGCUGGACUAGAAAGCUGUACCUCCUCCGAAGUUGGUGGUCCUCUUCCGAAAAAGCAUGCAAGUGAUAAAAAAAUGACAGCUGAAAAGAAGAAGAUGUUAAGAGACAAAAAAAGAACGCUCAAGCGAUUAUAAAUAAAUAAUAAGUUAUUGUACCUUUUCCCCAUCCCUAUUCCUUCAGAGAUCUUUUAACUAAAAAACAAAAUGCUUGGUGUGGUCGAA